CACUCUCACUCUCACAAUCCUGGUGAUGCCGUCUCACACUUCAAUCGCUUACUCCGAAUGUGUCCUACUACCCCUUCCAUCGUUGAAUUUAACAAGAUUUUAACUUCCCUUGUUAAGACCAAGAAGCAUUACUCCACCGCUAUCUCGCUUUCUCACCAGAUGGAGUUCACUGGAAUCAAGCCAAGCCUUGUUACUAUGAACAUCUUGAUCAAUUGCUACUGCCACCUAGGUCUCUGUCUUCACGGCAAGGUCCCCAAAGCACUGCAAUUUCAUGAUGACGUGCUGGCAAAGGGAUUUCUGUUGAAUCAAGUCAGUUACGCGACCUUGAUCAAUGGGCUAUGUAAAAUUGGGGAAACAAGAGCUGCUUUGGAGUUGCUUAGGCGGAUUCAAGGGCGAGGGAUUAAACCUAAUGUGGUAAUGUACAACACCAUCAUUGAUAGCCUGUGUAAAGAUAAACUUGUAAGUCAUGCUUGCAAUUUAUAUUCUGAAAUGCUUGCAAAGAGAAUUCCUCCUGAUAUUUUCACUUACAAUGCUUUAAUAUAUGGCUUUUGCAUUGUUGGUCAAUUGAAACAAGCAAUUGGGUUGCUAGAUGAAAUGGGAUUGAAAAACAUAGACCCAGAUGUGUAUACUUAUAAUAUAUUGGUCGAUGCUUUAGGUAAGGAAGGGAAGGUGAGAGAAGCUAAGAACAUGUUAGCUGUGAUGAUGAAACAGGGUGUGAAACCUAAUGUUGUUACUUAUAAUUCUUUGAUGGAUGGGUAUUGCUUAGUUAAUGAAGUAAGCAAGGCCAAAUAUAUAUUCUGCGAAAUGGCUCAACGAGGAGAGACUCCAGAUGUUCAUAGCUACAAUAUCAUAAUCAACGGACUAUGUAAGAUUAAAAUGGUUGAUGAAGCCUUGAAUCUCCUUGCAGAAAUGGAUUACAAAAAGGUUGUUCCUGAUACAGUUACCUACAAUUCUCUUAUUGAUGGUUUAUGCAAAACAGAGAGAGUCUCUCAUGCUUGGGAGCUCAUGGAUGAGAUGCAUGUUAAAGGCUCUGUUUUGUGUCUUACUCGUGGUAUGGUACCAAGACAACAGAAAAUGAAAUCUUACAGGAUGUCUUCGUUAGAGUUAGAGGAGAAGAUUUGCCGAUUUGAUAUUGUUGUUGUGACUGUAUGGUGUAGCUUGGCCGAUUUGAUAUCGUUUUAUGUUGUUGCUGAGACUAUUGGAGUUUGA